ACUUUGUUCUGCCCCCCCCUCUCUCUCUCUCUCUCUCUCUCUCUCUCUCUCUCUCUCUCUCUCUCUCUCUUCUUGGUGACCCCUUUCACUCCCUCAAAUACUUGCACCAAUACUAGACACUAGCACAACAUUAUAUUCUCUCUUCUCCUCACUUCUGUCAUCAUCUCUCUCAGACUUCUCUUUCUCUCUCUGUCUCCAGCCAUGGCAGCUGCUGAAGAAGGUCCAGAGCCACUCAAGUAUCAGACUUUGGCUUUGAAGGUUAGCAUCCACUGUGAGGGCUGCAAGAAGAAGGUCAAGAAGGUGCUACAUAGCAUAGAAGGGGUGUACAAGACGGACAUAGACGUGCAGCAUCAGAAGGUGGUGGUCAUCGGCAAUGUCUCCGUCGACACGCUCGUCAAGAAGCUCGUCAAGACGGGUAAGCACGCCGAGCCAUGGCCGGAGCCCGCUCCGCCGCCGCCGGCGGCAGCAGCGGCGGCCAACUCUCCCGGCGGUGGCGGCGGCGGCAAGAAGAAGAAAAAGAAUAAGAACAAGAACAAGAAUCCUGCGAACGGCCAGCCCGGCGAGCCGGCGCCGCCUGCUGCGACGGCGGAGGUGGCCGCCGGCGGCGGCGGUGGAGGUGGCUCUGUCCCUCCGGAGAAUGACGACCAUGGGGGCUCGUGUGAUGAGGCGUCCGAUGACGAGGGCAACAAGCAGGGCGGUGGUGGUGGAUCCCCGAAGACGAUGGUGGCCGGAGACGGGCAAGGCGGCGGCGCCGGUGCGGUGGCGCCGCCGUUCGCCAUGACGCCGCACGGUAAGCAGCCCGUUGCACCUCCCGGCAAUGGCAAUGGCGGUGGAGGAGGAGGCGGCGGCGGUGGCAAGAAGAAAGGAAAGAAAGGCGGUGGCGGUGGCGGUGGCGGCAAUGGCAACGGCAACGGCAAUGCCGCCGCCGCCGCCGCCAAUGCCACCGGAGACGGCGCCGGUGCAGUAGUGGAGGCAAGCCCGCAGGACGCGCCGACGAAACCGUCCCCCGGCAACGCGGGUCCUCUCGCCGUCGUCGACGGCGGCGUCUUCUACCCGCCGGCGACGCCGAUGAGCUACCCGGCGUCCUACUACGGCGGCGGCGGCGGCGGGCACAUGCCGCCGUACGUCAUGAGCUACAGCACGGCGCACCCGCUCCGGAGCAGCGCCUACUACUACCCGAUGGCCGGCGGUUUCGGCGGCGGCGGCGGUGGCGGCUACCUCUACUCGACGGCGGCGGCGGCGCCGCCGCCGGCGUCGUCGUACUACAUGUUCAGCGAGGAGAACGCCAACGCAUGCAGCGUCAUGUGAGAGGGGGAUCGAUUAGUUGAUUAAUUAGUUAAUUAAUUACUGAGUUAAUUAAUGGAGUGCUUAAUUGUGUUAAUUAAGCAGCAUUUGCUACAAAUAUUCUCACAUUGUAGCCAUCCAUCCAGGGACUUAUAUUUAUAAGCUGGAGCCUUUUUUGUAUUGGACAAAAAAAAAUUAAUUUGGAUGUCCUGAUGUAUAUAUUGUAGUGAUAAUGUAGCUGAAAAUAAUUGAGUGGUCAUAGUAAGUGGAACUAA